GCAUCAAAGUUAACAACACAAACACAGAGGAAUAAACAAGAGAGAAGAUUAAUUUUAACUUGGAGCCUCUGAGAAACCAAAGCUUAACUCUGAUUCGUCAGAGCGAAUCCAAAGAGAAACGCGAAGAACAGAAACAGCUCUGAUGAUGAUUUCUCCACAAAGCUUUUAACUUUGAUUAAUUUUUUCUCUCUUUACAUCCAAUCUCAUGGAUUCAUGAACAGAUCGAGAUCGAAGAUUUCAUCUUCUUUUUCCCCCCUUUUCGUGAAAUUGGGUUGGAAUCUGGAGAUCUCGAAAGCUGGCAACUUUCCUUGUUCUCGAUGACUGAUUUGAUUAGGUCAAUUGGGUUGAAUCUGCAAUCUGAAUCCAUUUCGCAUCUGGGUUUUGUGAAUUAGAUUCGAAAGUCCAAGACUUUCUAAUCUGAAGACAUGUUGGAGAAUCGAUCACCAGAUUCGUGUUUGAGUUUCUCAAGCUCUCGUGUCUCUUACAAGCUCAGCAAUGGCAAAAGAGCUUUGGAGGCUGUUGGUGGUGAGAUUAGACCGACCAAGUCACUUAAACUAAUGGGUUUUUGUAUUACUUAUGAUAGCGAUUCUUCUGACUAUUCAUUGAGCGGUGAUGGGUCUCAAGACCAAUCUGAUUCUAAUAACAACGGUGGUGAUUCAUCUGAUUCACAUUCUCUUUUCAACGAGAUUGGUCGAGACAGUUCUAUAGACUGUCUCCUCCGUUGUUCCAGGUCUGACUACGGCUCCAUCGCUUCCCUGAAUAGGAACUUCCGUUCUCUGGUGAAGAGUGGAGAUAUCUAUAAACUAAGGAAACAAAACGGGUUCGUGGAGCAUUGGGUUUACUUCUCGUGCCAGCUCUUGGAAUGGGUUGCGUUUGAUCCCGUGGAGAGGAAGUGGAUGCAGCUGCCAACGAUGCCUUCUAGUGUCACCUUCAUGUGUGCGGACAAGGAGUCUCUAGCUGUCGGCACUGACCUCCUCGUCUUGGGGAAAGACGGUUUCUCUUCUCAUGUUAUAUAUAGAUACAGCCUUCUCACUAACUCUUGGUCUUCUGGUAUGGAGAUGAACUCUCCGAGGUGUUUGUUUGGAUCAGCGAGUCUCGGAGAGAUUGCUAUUUUCGCCCGUGGGUGUGACUCUCAGGGGAAGAUUCUUGAUUUCGCUGAGAUGUAUAACUCUGAGCUUCAAACGUGGGUGAGUCUUCCGAGGAUGAACAAGCCGAGGAAGAUGUGUUCAGGUGUUUUCAUGGACGGGAAGUUCUACGUCAUUGGUGGUAUAGGCGGUGCUGAGUCCAAGGCCUUGACGUGUGGGGAAGAGUAUGAUUUAGAGACCAAGAAAUGGACUCCAAUCCCUGACUUGUCGCCUCCGAGAAGCCGUGCUGAGCAAGAUGGUAAUGGUAUGCCACCGGCAGCUGAAGCACCGCCUCUUGUUGCGGUUGUGGAUAAUCAGUUGUAUGCUGCUGAUCACGCGGAUAUGGAGGUGAGGAAGUGUGAUAAGGAGAAGAAGAAAUGGUUAACUAUUGGGAGAUUGCCUGAGAGAGCAGGCUCGGUUAACGGAUGGGGGCUUGCUUUUAGAGCUUGUGGGGAGAGGUUGAUUGUUAUAGGUGGACCUAAGUACUCAGGAGGUGGGUUUAUAGAGCUGAACUCUUGGGUGCCGAGGGACGGUAGUCCACCGCAGUGGACAUUGCUCGAUAGGAAACAUUCUCCUAACUUUGUGUACAAUUGCGCGGUGAUGGGUUGCUGAAACAACAUUCAUUUGAAGACCCUCCAGAUUCUUGUUGAUGGGUUUUUAGCUCACAAGUCAAAGACUUCACCUUUAUGCUGCUGCUUCUUCAUCAGCUUCCAUAUUUGUUUUUCUUACAAAAAAAAAAAUCAGUUUGAAUACAAUCAUUUCUGUAUUGUUAGAGACCAGAAAGGGUCCCAAAAAGAAAACUGAAACAGGUUAUAUAAUAAGUUGGUUAAAAGUUGAAGCUGUUUUAGAGUUUGCCAAAUCUGGUUAACAUUGUUGUAUGUGUUUUAAAAAUGUUUAUUUUCUAAUAAUCCAAGUUACUUAUGUUUGUAGCA